UCGCAAAACAGAUGAUGAAAUAAACAAAAUUUGAAUUGGCUGGGUCUUAUUACACUAAUAAUGGCACUUUUAGAGCCGUUUGGCAAUGAUUUAACAAAGUAUAUAAUUCAACGAUUGAAUCGCCAUAAAAUAAGUAAAGUCAGUGAAUUUUUAUUUGCGAACGAUAAAGAUUUAACUAAAAUUACGAAUUUAUCCGAAACAACAAUAACUGAACUAAAGCGAGAUUUACGGAAAUUACAUGGCGUACAUCGUGCCCAAUUAUCACAUAUACGACGUAAAAUAGUUAAAGAAACCAAAUACAAUACUGGUAUAGAAAGUCUUGAUUGCUUAUUGGGAGAAAGUUCAUUAUUUCCGGGCGCUGUUUGGGAGAUAUGUGGUUUCUCAGGAACUGGCAAAACACAAUUGUGUCAUACAAUAAGUUUGAAUUUAAUUAAAAACUACAAUUGUGAUACAUUAUAUAUUGAUACAAAAUAUGAUUUCUCUGGUAUUCGGAUAAGACAAAUGUUAAAAAGUCGUAAUAUUUCUAAAACUGAUGCUGGGCGUAUAAUGCAACAGAUAAAAGUGGAACGCGUGGAUACACUUGAAGGUGUAAUUAAAGUCUUAAAAGAACUAUGUGUUCAAUUGGAAAUUGAAAACGCGGACUGUAAGGCAAUAAAAUUCAUAGUAAUUGAUGCCUUACCGGCAAUUUGGUUUCAACAUCGCGAACGUGAAAGAAUGUUUUUAUUAUCAACUUUAGUAAAUACAAUAUGGAAAUUGGCGCUACAGUAUAUGAAAACAUUUUUAUUAGUAAAUUUAACAGUUUAUAAAGAAACAAAUCUGUUUGAGAAUGGUUUACAGUAUUCACAGUUGGGUGAUACUGAUGGUGAAGUUAACGAAGAAGCAUUAAUGCAAGCAAGUGUUGAAUCAUCCAUAGUACCUGCAUUGGGUAGAUAUUGGUCCAGUGUACCACAUUUGCGUUUAUGUAUAAAAUCAAAUGAAAAAAAAAUUGAACCAGUUUGUAAACGGACAAUAGCAGUUUUAAAAAAUUGUUAUGGCCCAACGGGAGGAAACUGCAACGUCAGUAUAACUGAUGCAGGUGUUAUAUAGAUGCAGCACUGUUCAUGCCUAUCUUAUUUUAUGGGAACAAAAGUGCUUUAUCAGUA